CCUUCCCCCCUCUUCCCCCCUCUUCCCCCCUGUUCCCCCCUCUUCCCCGGCAGGAGGAGGAGGGAAAAUGAGCGCCGGGGAUGUGGUGUGCACCGGCUGGCUCAUCAAGUCUCCCCCAGAAAAGAAACUCAAGCGAUACGCCUGGCGGAAGCGCUGGUUCGUGCUGCGCCGGGGACGGAUGAGCGGGAACCCGGACGUCCUGGAAUACUACCGGAACAACCACUCCAAGAAGCCCAUCCGGGUCAUCGACCUGAAUGAAUGCCAGGUGCAGAAGCACGCCGGGCCCAGCUUCAUCCGGAAGGAAUUCCAGAAGAACUUCGUGUUCAUCGUCAAGACGGCCUACCGCACCUUCUACCUGGUGGCCAAGACGGAGGAGGAGAUGCAGACGUGGGUGCGUCACAUCAGUCACAUCUGUAACUUCGGACACUUGGACGACGGCACGGAUUCUGUGGAGAGCCUCUCACACACCAACUCUUCUCUUCAGCCAUCUCCUGCCACCUCCCUGCAUGCUUCCCGGGAUACCGACCCCUCCUUCUCAGGAGACAAUUCCGCGGCGGAAGCCUUAGCCGCCGAGGAAACCACGAGUGAGUCCGAGUCCCUGCUUCUGCCCGAUUAUCUCUUCUUGUCCAACUGCGAGACGGGGAAACUGAACCCCAACAGAGUGGAAUUCCCUUCCCUUGGGGCCCCCAUCCGGUGCGACAGCUGGUCCAACUCCGACCGAUCCCUGGAGCAGACUUCCUCGGACGACGUUUUCGUCGACCCCCUGCCAUGCCAACCGGCCCUAACCCUGCCACCCCCGGGCAGCGGCAACGGCCUCCCGGACACGGGCCACCCCGGGGCUCACCCGGCCCGGACUCUAGACGCCAGCGGACCUUCCGGCGACUUCCCGCCCUCCUCCCCGUCGCUGGUCCCGCCUCUGACCCCCACCUUUCAGGUGGAGAAGAGCCAGGCCAAGUUGCCCUACGGAGUGACGGAGCUGGACGUCAUGUCCAACACCCCGCCACCACGGCCCCCCAAGCCCAGCCACUUCUCCGAACGGCGCCAGGAAGAGCAGCUCCUGCAGAAUGGGCACGGGGCAGGCAGCCGGGGUCUCAAGGGCAUCGUGGUACCCAGAAGAAUCUCCCUGUCCAGUUUAGAUGCCAUGAAGCACUGGAGAGCUGAUCUGGAAGGCAGUUGCCUAAGAAGCCGAGACAAGAGGCUAAGUUUAAACUUGCCAUGCAGGUUCACCCCUCUGUACUCCUCUACGUCGGACAGCUCAGAAGACAGUUACGUCCCCAUGCACCCCAGCGCCUCGUCCCCUGUGCCGGGCCUGGACUGCAACCCUGACGGCUACAUCCCCAUGAGCCCCGGGUCCACCGUGUUCACCUUCCCCGUGGUCAGCGUCGAGAAGCUCUCCAGCCCCCUGCCCAGCCUCCCCAAGGACAUGGAGCCCCCACCGGUCAACCGAGACCUCAAGCCUCGCCGGAAGUCACGCCCACCCCCGCUGGACCUGAGGAACCUGUCCACCAUCCGGGAACACGCCGCCUUGACCAGGACCUGGACCGUGCCUUACAAUCGAACGAGCUUCAUCUCUCCGGAGAGAGACGGUAUUAAUUCAGCGAGAUUAUUUGCCAGUUCGGUUUCCGGAGAAGAGGAAGAGAGUUACAUUCAAAUGCAGGAGCACAGGCAGGCGACUUCCCCUUGCAACGGUGCUUUCCCAUGGCCGAAGAAGUUCAACUUGGACUACUUAGCACUGGAUUUUAAUUCAGCUUCUCCGUCCCCUGUACAAAAGAAGCCUUUUCUUUCGGAAGAGCAGAGAGUGGACUACGUCCAAGUAGACGAACAGAAAACCCAAGCCCUCCAGAACACUAAGCAGGAAUGGACCGAUGAGAGGCAAUCGAAAGUCUGAGAGAGAGGGAGUCCGGGCUCACUGGGGACGGUUGGGGUGGAGUUGGUUUUUUUUGUUUUUUGGGGGGGGUUUUUUUGCACUAGUACGGCACUGUUAAUGAGGCAGCUGGAUGCGACAGUGCAUUUCAGAGCCAGGACAAACGGACAGUCUCGGUGGCCUCGACGAUAACGUUUUUAUGGCUCGAUGCGAGAAGUAUGAUGGACGAAUGACUACUGACUGUGGAAUUUACACAUCAUUCUCCACCCCCUCAAGGGACAGUCUUUGGCCCAUUUCAUUCAUUCAUUCAUUCAGUUGUAUUUGUUGAGCGCUUACUGUGUG